CCUAUUUAUUUAAUACAGAAAAUUUCUGUUCCUUUUGACUAAAAUGGCCACAUAUGUGCACUUAAUUUUUAACCACCUUAAAUAAUACAUAUGUUUAAAAGUUAACAAUGAAGGACAUUUUGGCCAAAGUCAUCACAGGUCAUUACCCCCUCAUAUUACUGUAGUGUCAACAGUCUAGUCAAUAAGAUCCUACAUUAGCAGCAUGCAUGCAACAUAUCGAACAUAUAAUACAUUAAGGUAUCGAGUAUUUGAUUUCCUUUAAAUCACAAAGUCACAUAUGUGGCUGUUGGCUAUACAUAAUAAUAUUAACUCUUUAACCUCAAAUAGUGCAGCAUACAGAGAUAGUGAGAUGUAAUUUGGCAUUAAUGGGAAUGGCCAGUCUAAUGGCUUUGGGCCUUUUUGCUCCGUUUAUCAAUACCAACCAUCGAUCAUGCAGUCAGUUCCUCUCAGCUAUAGGAUGUCAUUGAUUGGUUUCUAGUGUUAGCGAAUGGUGCGCAGCAACAUGUGAGCCAGCGGUCAGUCGUUUGCCCUGUGUCAGAGUGGAAGGUUCAACAUUGACAUCUGUAUCACACCAAGAACGCAUUUGUUUAGCCUCAGCAUGAGCCGCGAAUGAAGAACCAAGACAUUUGUCACAAAUCUGACCAAAACCUGAUGGGAUGGAGGCUUGAGUCAUGGAUGCCUGAAGGUCAAGUGGGAUAGCUCACUGUACUUUAAUCAGGUGAAGCUCAAUGUCCAUCAUGGACCUGAUGAGGACUGGGGGCCCUGUCGAGUGUAGAUCCCCUCCAACCCCUCGGGUGGAGCUGCUCAGUCCCUCCAAGGUGAUGGACCGAUCUCAAAACGUCACAGAGAAGGUCACUCAGGUGCUUUCCUUGGAGUCGGAUGUGCUGCCGGAAUACAAACUACAGGUCCCAGAGACAACUCGGUGGAUUUUACUUCACUACAGCCCCUUCAAAGCUUUUUGGGACUGGAUUAUCCUCAUUUUGGUCCUGUACACGGCUGUUUUCACCCCUUACUCUGCUGCAUUCCUCCUGGACGAGCAUGGAGACGUGCGGCAGAGGAGUUGUGGCUACACUUGCAACCCCUUGAAUGUUGCGGAUCUUUUGGUGGAUGUGUUGUUUAUCGUAGAUAUAGUCAUCAACUUUCGCACUACAUAUGUGGAUCAGAAUGACGAAGUGGUGACAAAGCCUGUUCGAAUUGCCAAACACUAUAUGAAAGGCUGGUUCCCUAUUGAUCUGUUUGCUGCAAUCCCAUUUGACCUCCUCAUUUUCCGAUCCGGCUCUGAUGAGAUGGCAACAUUAACAAGUCUCCUCAAAACGGCUCGACUGCUGCGUUUGGUUCGUGUGGCCAGAAAGCUGGACAGAUACUCGGAGUAUGGGGCGGCAGUGCUUUUCCUGCUCAUGUGUACCUUUGUGCUCAUUGCCCAUUGGCUGGCUUGUAUUUGGUAUGCCAUUGGUUUUGUGGAGAGACCGUACACAGAAACAGGAUGGCUGGACAAUUUGGCUGAACAACUGGGCAAGGCCUACAAUGACAGUGACUCCCGUUCUGGUCCAUCGGUCAAAGACAAGUACGUCACAGCGCUGUACUUCACCCUGAGUAGUUUGACAAGUGUGGGCUUUGGAAAUGUCUCCCCCAACACCAAUUCUGAAAAGAUUUUCUCCAUCUGCGUCAUGGUAAUUGGAUCCCUAAUGUAUGCUAGCAUUUUUGGGAAUGUGUCUGCCAUCAUCCAGCGGUUAUACUCAGGAACAACACGUUACCAUACCCAGAUGCUUCGUGUAAAAGAGUUUAUUCGGUUUCACCAAAUCCCUGGAGGUCUGCGGCAAAGGCUGGAGGAGUACUUCCAACAUGCAUGGUCCUACACUAAUGGCAUUGACAUGAACGCAGUGCUGAAAGGCUUCCCUGAGUCUUUGCAGGCUGAUAUCUGCUUGCACCUGAACCGGUCUCUGCUGCAGAACUGUAAAGCUUUUCGAGGAGGUAGUCAGGCCUGUCUCCGAGCUCUGGCAAUCAGAUUCAAAACAGUGCAUGCCCCUCCAGGAGACACCCUCAUUCAUUACGGGGACAUUCUGGACUCUCUGUUCUUUGUUGCACGAGGAUCCAUCCAGGUCAUCAGAGACGAUGUGGUUGCUGCCAUAUUAGAAAGGAAUGACAUCUUUGGUGAGCUUAUUUACUUAUACGAUGAGCCAGGGAAGUCCAACGCUGAUGUGCUCACAGUCUCCUACUGUGACCUGCACCGCAUCCUCAGAGAUGACCUGCUGGAGGUGCUGGACAUGUACCCAGGGUUUGCAGAUAACUUCUGGAGGAAUCUGGAGAUAACCUUUGAUUUAAGAGAUACAGAUCAAGUUCCACCAAUAAUAACAGAUGAUUCUGGGGAUGACUGUGGAUAUCAUCACAAAUCAAGGCACAAAAUCCACUCUUUAGACUGUCGCAUAAGGCCAGAUGGUAUUGAUCAUGAGGACUCCUACCAACGACAGUCUUUCCAUCAUCAUCACUCUCCCCCUCAGAGCCAGUGGGAGGACCACUGCAGCUGUGGCUCUGCGUGUUCGCAGUCCAGUGAAGAGCCUCCCAAAGCCCCCACACAUGGCCCCAAAGUGGACCUGUACCCCCCAGAUGACUCCCGAUUGGAUUUCUCCCCAUCAGUGGGUAGAGAGGGGGGACUAGAUAGAGGACACCAAGGCUCGUAUCAGUUCUGGUCGGAGCAUCAAUCCCAGCAGUUCUCCAGUCGUCAGUGGAGGUCCUCCUCUGUGCGUCACACGUACCACCCCCCACCUUUUACAGAAGAACGACCUAGUGAACUGGAGUCUCGCCUUGAGGUGCUGCAUUCUCAACUCAACAGACUGGAGACCAGAAUGACAGCGGAUAUUAACGUGAUUCUGCAACUGCUGCAGAGGCAGAUAGCCCCUGUGCCUCCAGCCUAUAGUACAGUGUCAUCCAGCACCAUACCAACCGACUCCACUGGCCUUUAUGGGACUGGGACUCCAGUAUUGCACUCCAUCUACCCCAUCUCCCCCAUACAGAUCAGCAGCAGGAUACCUACUGAGAGUUCAACACAGACUGAUCUUAAAUUUACAAAUAAGUCCCAGGAGUCAUUUUCCAGUGGGAUCCACGUGACGUCAGAUGACACUAUGUCCAUGAUGGUCACUCCUGAAACAGAGACCAACAGAGGACUAGCCUCACAGCUGCAUCAGUCCUUGGGCGUGUCCUCUCUUUUGGACAAUCCCAGGCUGAGUGACAGUCUGCGCUACCCCUCACUGCCUGGAAACCUGGACCUCACCUCUGGACUGAGCGAUAUGCAGAAGCACCUGUCAGACCCGGUGCUGCCAGUCGCCUGACAUUUGCUGCUACUGUCACACCUGUAGUGGAGUAAACUGCUGCUAGCACAUCUGAUGGUGCUCUUUGGAUCCACAGUCGGACAUGACCAAGUUGUACUUGAAUGUACAAGACCAGAAACUGUGUGAUUUGAACUUUGAACUUUUCUUCCUAAUGUAUAUGAAACACAGUAUUAAUCAUAUUUUCAGUCCAGUAUUUGUAUCUGUGGCUGUAUAUGGUCAAAUAAAGCAGAACAUUAAAUUGUUCAUGAUCAUUGUUUGACAGGUGCUGACAGAUACAGAGAUAUGAGACAUUGUAGGUAGAAGUGUUUGGAAAAACACCAUGAAAAAAGAAUGAUCACAAAUAAUCAGAUUAAGAAAGAAAAUAGAUAAAUUAAUUCUGACAAAAUUGAGUGUUAGGUCCUUUCCAAACAGUUGUUGUUGCAUGUAGUGAUCCAGUCUGGCUGUGUAGAGGCCCACGGGAUAUUAUUGAUCUCACCCUCUGUGGUGUAGGCCAGGACAGGGCCCUCAGUGGCCUACGGCAUCUGCAGCAUGUCCCAUAUCAGAGCCUGGUGAACAUUGGCUAGAGCAGACACAGCAGGCUAAUAUUAUUCAACAAAAAGGCUUAAACUGUUAUGCACCCA